AUGGCUGCCGUAGCGAGGCCUCCCAUCGGAAAGCAGUCCAUUUCUAGCUUUUGGACGCAGAUGUACCCUCCAAAGCCUACAUUCACCAGAGAGAGCAUACCCGACUUGAGUGGCAAGGUUUACAUUGUCACCGGUGCCAACUCGGGCGUGGGAAAGGAAACAGCCCAGCUUCUUUACUCCAAGAAUGCCAAAGUGUAUGUCGCUGCACGCUCUGAGACCAAGGCAAACGACGCUAUUGCCGCCAUUCGAGAGGCUUGGCCGGGGUCAACCGGUUCUCUCGUCUUUCUGCAUCUUGACCUAGCCGAUCUUGCCAGCGUUCGCACCGCUGCUCAACGAUUCCAAACACAAGAGAAACGUCUCCAUGCACUCAUCAACAACGCCGCCGUCCAAGCACUCAACGAUACCAAAGGCGAGACUAAGACCGCGCAGGGUCAUGAGAUGCACAUGGGCGUCAACGUUCUCGGUCCUUUUCUCUUCACAAGGCUGCUGACUCCCGUCUUAAAAGACACCGCAAGCCAAUCUGAGACUAAGAAGGGCGACGUUCGUGUCGUCUGGGUCUCAUCCAUGGGCACGGAAACCAUCGGUGAGAAGUCACGCGGGCUGUCGUCGGACUACGUCAACUACUGGCCCCUCAUGUCCCCGCUUGAGCGAUAUGGUCUGAGUAAGGCGGGUAACUGGUUGCACGGCGUUGAAUAUGCACGGCGCCAUGCGGCCGACGGCAUCAUGAGCGUGCCGGUCAAUCCGGGCCACCUGGCGUCUGAGCUGUACCGAGAGGCUGGAUUCGUCUUUCGGAGUGCUCUGAAAGCUAUGGCGUUGUACCCGCCCGUCUAUGGUGCCUAUGUCGAGUUGUACGGCGCACUGUCGUUGGACCUGACUAUGAAAGACUCGGGAAGCUGGGUUGUUCCCUGGGGUCGCCAGUACCCGAUACGCGAGGACUUGCUUGAAGCAACUCGACCAGAAGAGAAGGGCGGUAACGGCAAUGCUGCCAAGUUUUGGGAUUGGAGUGAGGAACAAGUGAAGGACUUUUUGUAA